AAAAAUAAAAAAAAGAGAGGAAAAAACCGUGAACCGUCGUAGGAAAGGGUCAAAAAAUCCCCAAUGGUUGUUGACUCGACCUACCAGAACCUGAUGAACCAACCACAAAGAAUCCGAGGCCAUUGCAGACCAAAUCGAUCUCGAAGCUUUUCUCUCUCCUUCACCCUCAAUCUCUCUCUAGACAGAGAAACUUUUACAUAUAAAGAAACCCGUAAAGCGAGAAGAAGACAAUUCAACAAUGGGUCUCUUCACCUACACCUUAGCCGGAGGUGGAUUCAUUCUGAUUGGUGCCUUGGAAUCUCUCAUCUCAUCCUCUGAAACCUUAAAAUCCAAAUCACCACCGUUCCCAGCAAACCAAUCAUCAUCAACAACAAAAUCAACCAAAACGGCGUCGUUAUCUCCAUCGGUAACCUUCACCGCCAUCUCUCUCCUCUCUUUCUUCUUCAUCCUCAACUCUAUAAUCUCCUCAAUCGACGCUGCCAACAACAGCGAUCAUAUUGGCGUAGCUAUCCAAUUACAGGUAAUCGCCAUCGCCUCGCUUUUCUUUCUAUACUCUGUACUUGGUCUGUUGACCCAUUUCAAUAAUUGGAUCUCAUUACCAUCACCAAUCCUCAAUUUACUCUGCUUAUUCGCUUUCGUUGAAGAAUUUUUGCUAUUUUACCUUCAAAGAAAAGACCCAAGUGGAAUUGAAAAUCGUUACUUUGAUCUUUUGCUUGUUCCGAUCGGUGUUUGUGUGGUGUCAACGGUUCUCGAGUGCAGAACCCCAAAAUCGCAUUUUGCGAGAUUGGGGCUUGGCAUUGGAUUGGUUUUGCAGGGGAUGUGGUUUAUUCAAAUGGGUUUAUCGUUUUAUUCGAAUUGGAUGGCUCAUGGAUGUUCUUUGCAUGAUAAGAGUAGGGGGAAUUAUACUGUGAGGUGUAAGGGACACCCUGAGUAUCACCGUGGCCGAGCAAUCGCGACGCUUCAGUUCAAUUGUCAUCUUGCUUUGCUUGUGGUUUUGGUUGUGGGGGUGUUCUCAGUUUUAAGUGAGAAGAACGGGCCCCGGGUUUCUCAGUAUAGGCCACUCGGGUCAGAAAUGCAGCAUUUGGAUGGUCAGGCUCACUUUACUUUGGAUUCUGAUGAUGACAAUGAGGAUGGGAUUAGAGAGGAGGGGAAUGGGGUGGACCAGAAGGCUAUUGUAAUAGUUCCUGAAUUGGGUGUUAAUGGCCAUGGUUCUCACCAGUGAGGUAACUCUAGUGGUUUAUUUGAUGACUGAAGCAUCAUAAUUUAUUAUUUUAUUAUGUGUUUAGUUCAGAAGAACCUGGUUUGCUCUGUAUAAUAGAAUCGAGAAAUUCCUUGUUUCAUUUUUGGUUUAAAAGAACUCUUACCAUCUGUUACAUUGUGUUUCUAA